AUGUCCUCACCCACGCCAAAAGCGGCCCAAAGAAUAGUCUUCACAGGCGGUUCUGGUGUUGCAGGCCGUCACGUUGUCGAAAAGCUACUUUCGUAUGGACACGAAAUCCUCAAUGUCGAUGUCGUACCGUUGGACAACUCGAAUGUACAUACGCUAAAGGCCGACCUGACGGACGGCGCCCAAGCAUUUAACAGCCUCUCUUGUCACUUUAGAGUGAGCGAGCCGUUCAUGGAUCCAAUACAGAAACCAGAUGCGGUGGUGCAUUUUGCUGGAAUACCACAGCCUAUGCGAAUACCAGACAACGAAACCUUCCGAAUAAACACAAUGGGCGCGUACAACAUCAUCGAGUCUGCGUGUAAACUCGGUAUCAAGAAGAUCAUCCUCGCUUCAAGCUUAACAACAUACGGCGCUACCUAUGCAGAAGGCGAUGUUGAUUAUCCACACUUCCCUCUGACGGAAGACUCACCCACUGAACCCAUGGACGUCUACGCCACGAGCAAACUCUGCAUGGAGCGCAUAGCGCACAGCUUUGCAAACCGCUUCAAGGGCGUCGACAUUUACUGCCUACGAAUCGGUGCCGUUAUUGAGCCCGAACAGCACACCAAGAAGUUCGAAGCCUAUCUCUCAAGACCAGGAGAUUUCAAGGUUCAUGGUUGGUCAUACACCGAUUCUCGAGAUUUGGGUAAUAUGGUCCAAUGUUGCCUUCAGAAAGAUGGGCUGGGGUUUCAGGUCUUCAAUGCGGUGAAUGAUGAGAUCACGAUACCGGAGGAGGAGGGCAGUAGUGAAGAAUGGCUGAGGAAAGUGUGUCCAAGGACUAAGAUUUUGGGCAAGAUGGGUGAAAGAGAGGCCCCCGUGUCAAAUAAAAAGAUGAGGGAGAUGCUUGGGUUUAGGGAAGAGUUUCCAUGGCGAAAGGUGUUAGACAGGGACGGAAGGUGAGCUCAUGUGAAUCUAGGAAACUCAUCUUAAGUUCAAUUUCAGGACGAUGAACCUCUACUUAGAAUUUUGCGAGUUGUGAUUCAACAUGCAACAUAUAUUCAGCUAUCUCGUCGCUCAAGCGCAAGCGUACAUUUGAGCUGAAACAACUUUGAAAAGCGGUCCCGUCAAGAUCAAGAAGCCCACGAGCC